AUGGCUACCCCCAGUGUCCUUACCUUUGAUACUGAGGGUCGUGCUGUUGACUUUGAGUUCUGGGUCGAUGACCUCCAGCUGUUCUUACAGUGCGAUAGGGCGGACGGACUCUCACUGUUCGAUCUCACAUCAGGUGUCUCUCCUGCCCCGCCUGCUACUGCUGACAGCACUGUUCGCUCACAGUGGGCCACACGCGAUGCUGCUGCGCGCCUUGCUGUGCGUCGCCACUUACCGACCACUGAGCGUGCGCACUUUAGCCAGUACAAGAGUGCUAAGACCUUGGACCACUUCCUCUCGGUUUGCCCUACCACACUCACCGUUGACCUCCUCGAGGAGCGCCUCUUAGCAGCAGAGAAGAAUAUAGUAGCUGUAGGAGCCUCCCGUGUGCGGCCGACCUCGUUAGUUUCGAGUCGGCUGGCGCUGCGUUUUCCCCUUCUGGGAAGCGCCGCACAGGCAAGGGCAAGGGGGGCAAAGGCGCUGGAGGGGCCAAUGGGGGCGGUGGAGGUGGUGGUGGAGGCAGUGGAGGGGUUGGGGGUGGUGGUGGGAGUGGUGGCGGGGCCGGAGGUGUCGGUGGCAGCAGUGAAGGCGGAGGAGGCGGCGGUGGUGGCGGAGGUUGCAGAGGCGGCGGUGGUGGAGGAGGCGGCGGAGGCGGCGAUGGAGCUGGUCGCGGCUCUGCGCACAGGAGUGGCUCCGGUGGUGGUUCGCGCCAGCAGCAGCAGCGCGGCCGUGAGACCCUGUCCCCUCAGCAGCUUCGUGAGUGGUAUGCUGGGCGUCAGAGGGGUGGGGGUACUAGUCCCUGCACCUACGUUCUCCGUACAGGCGACCGCACUAGUGAGCAGUGCGGGAGCUCGCACUCCACCCAGCGCUGCUUCGGCCGCCUGA